AUGACCACUUCACUAGUAUUUGAGGCUCCUAUAAUUUUACAAUCAAAUAAUGGUAAAGAAUUUAUUGCAGAUAUUAUUUUUGAAUUGAUAGCCUUUUGGCCAGAUACACAUAUUAUUAAUAGGCAUCUUAGACAUCCACAAUUACAAGAAAUAACUGAAGGAUUACCAUUAAUCAUAUAUACAAUGAAUAUUCAAACAAAUUAUGCAACAGGCAAAUUACCAUAUUCUCUUGUAUUUGGACAAGAACUGGUUCAACAUUUUUCAAUACUUGAAGAUCUAUACUAUAAAAGUAUUACUAAUAAGGAAGAAUUGCCUGAAAUUUUUUUUGAGAAUUCUG